CAUGAUCCAAGCUAGCCUACCCAGUAUCCACCAUGGAUCCUACACAGAAGUUCCUUCUCUUCCUCCUCGUUGGAGUAGCCGCCACCUUGUCCCUUGCAACCAAUUCACCGGUGCCGCAGUGGCCAGCCAGCUGCACGCCACGGGAGAGGGAGGCCUUGCUGGCCUUCAAGCGAGGCAUCACCGGUGAUCCCGCAGGUCGUCUCACCUCGUGGAAGCGAGGUAGCCAUGACUGCUGCCAGUGGAGGGGCGUCCGGUGCAGCAACCUCACCGGCCAUGUCCUUGAGCUCCACCUUCGGAAUAACUUCCCGCGAUACGACGAAGCAACAGCUUUGGUGGGGCACAUAAGUACUUCUCUGAUCUCUCUCGAGCACCUAGAGCACCUUGACCUCAGCAAUAACAAUCUCGUGGGUCCAGCCGGCCGAUUCCCGCGGUUCGUCAGCUCUCUCAGGAACCUGAUAUAUAUUAACUUCUCUGGUAUGCCAUUAACAGGUAUGGUGCCGCCUCAACUCGGUAAUAUUACAAAGCUGCAAUAUCUCGACCUUUCCCAUGGAAUAGGUAUGUACUCAACAGAUAUACAGUGGCUCACCAAUCUACCAGCCCUAAGGUACCUAGGCUUAUCAAAUGUAAACCUCAGCAGAGUAUCUGACUGGCCUCGUGUGGUGAACAUGAAUUCAUAUCUAAUAGUACUCGAUCUUUCUGGUUGCUCUCUUACAAGUGCAAGCCAAUCAUUCUCACAGUUAAACCUCACAAGACUCGAGAAGCUCGACCUCUCCUACAAUAAUUUUAACCAACCUUUGGCAUCUUGUUGGUUUUGGAAUUUGACAAGUCUCACGUACCUUGAUCUUAUAAUGAACAUUUUGCCCGGUCAGUUUCCAGAUUCACUAGGAGACAUGAAGGCCCUCCAGGUCUUCAGAUUCUCGAGUAAUGGUCACAGUAUCAUAAUGCCAAACUUGCUACAAAACCUAUGCAAUUUAGAAAUCUUAGACCUUGGAGGCCUAAGUUCCUGCAACAUAACAGAGCUUCUCGAUAGUUUGAUGCAUUGCUUAACCAAAAGAAUACGGAAACUAUAUUUGUGGGACAACAAUAUCACUGGAACUCUGCCAACUGGGGUGGGCAAAUUUACUAGUUUGGACACUCUUGAUCUCUCUCAUAACCAACUGACUGGAUCUGUUCCAUAUGAGAUUAGCAUGCUGACUAGUUUGGCUAAGAUCGACCUAAGCCUCAAUAACCUGACAGGUGAAAUCACAGAGGAACACUUAGCUGGCUUAAAGAGUUUAAAAAGCUUAAACUUGUAUUAUAAUCCCUACUUGAAGAUUGUGCUUGGUGAUGAAUGGUUACCGCCCUUUAGACUAGAGGUGGCGAGAUUUGGAUCUUGUCAGCUAGGUCCAAUGUUUCCUUCGUGGCUUCAAUGGAUGGUGAAUAUUAAAGAACUUGAUAUUUGGAGCACAGGUAUAACCGAUCAACUUCCACAUUGGUUUUGGACAACAUUUUCUAAGGCAACAGACUUAGUCAUAUCCUCCAACAAUAUCAGUGGUAGCUUGCCAGCAAAUAUGGAAACCAUGUCACUAGAAAGACUCUAUUUAGGUUCAAAUCAAAUAACCGGUGUAAUACCAAUCCUGCCACCUAACCUCACCUGGUUGGAGAUCCAAAAUAACAUGCUAUCAGGGUCUGUGGCAUCAAAAACCUUUGGAUCAGCUCCACAACUAGGUUUUAUGGAUCUAUCCUCCAACAACAUCAAAGGUCAUAUUCCAGGUUCUAUCUGCGAGUUGCAGCACUUGCAAUACUUGAAUUUAGCCAACAAUCAUUUGGAGGGAGAAUUUCCUCAAUGCAUUGGGAUGACAGAACUACAGCAUUUUAUCCUAAAUAACAAUAGCUUAUCCGGCAAGGUCCCGUCUUUUCUGAAAGGUUGCAAGCAGCUAAAGUACCUGGAUCUAUCACAGAAUAAGUUCCAUGGAAGAUUGCCAAGUUGAAUUGGAAACUUCUCAGAAGUACAAAUUCUAAUCCUAAACAACAAUUCGUUCUCUGGGCAUAUCCCAACCAGCAUCACCAAUCUUGCAAAACUUGCUCGGUUGAAUCUGGCAAACAAUAAUAUAUCAGGCGUCUUGCCUUGACAGUUCACAUUUUCAGAGGCAAGGCGACAAAGAGAAAGCGUCAUGUUAUAUAUACCCUUGAUACCCCCAUGGAAGAUUAAUACUACAGUUUGUAUGUCGGCAUUGUCGUUGAACUACUUGUAUGCUAUGUUAACUGCAGAGAAAAGUUAGAUUUCCAUCUACUACCUACAGUCUUGGGCUUGUGCUAGCAUUUGCCGUUGUCCUUUAUAUUGUUCCCAUCCAUAUGUUGUUUCCUCUGUAAACUACUAAUAAGUGUUGCUUAAUUAUUGUAAUGAAUGUAGACCUUUUCUCACUUCUCAUUGAAACUAAAUUAAGACUAUGGAUGGUAAUGGGCUGAUGGCUAGAGAAUAGAUCAGCAUAGCAAAUUACUCGGAUCUCAAUACAAGCAUGAACAAAUGAGACCAUUAAUACACACGGUUCAGCUCCUGAAGCUUCCUGAGAGCAAGUUUAAUAUAGCCAAUUACUAGCUCCAAUUCAUAUAUAGCCAAUCUAAUAGCUCAUUCAUACAAUAGUUACAUACUACACUAUCAAUACCUGGUCCCACCUAUCAUACACACACUGUGUCUUGGAGUCCGUGCUACAACUGGCUACAAAUCUGUAGCCCGCUGCCCUUCUCUCUCCUCAUUUAUCUACUUAAAAUAUGUUUGCAGCUGGCUUAUAGCCUGCUAUUGUACCUGCUCUUAGACUGCUUACACUUAAAAAGCAGAGCAGUAGACAAUUUAAAGCAUUAGCUGCGAUGAUAGCCUAUUAAUAUUGCAGUUCAUUGGAGCACUAAUCUUACAUCAGAAAGCAUAAUAAUAGGGAGUCCACACUAGACAUAGGCACAUAGGCAUCAUUGUUUGAAGCAAAAGAGUUGGCACUAGCACUACAAUCAAAUGCUGCAAUUCAGCUAUAAACACAAAAUGCACUAGAAACUUCACGGACAUGGAACUUUAAACACACAUGCCAGUA